GCUCUCAGAUGUUUAAAGGACAGUCUGUGUCUCUGAGCUGUGAGGAGGACGACAGCUCUGCUGGAUGGACUCUGAGGAGGAACACAACCACAGACACCAGAAGUGAAUGUGGAGCUGACUGGGGAGAACCUGCUGGUUCUGUCUGUAACAUCGUCUUCAUCGUCCCAUGGGACAGUGGAGUUUACUGGUGUGAGUCCAGAGAGGGAGCAACCAGUAAGAGCAUCAACAUCAAUGUCACUGGUGGAUCAGUGAUCCUGCAGAGUCCUGUCCUCCCUGUGAUGGAGGGACAUGAUGUCACUCUGCACUGUAAAACAAAGACGUCCUCCAACCUCUCAGCUGCUUUCUAUAAAGAUGGCUCCUUCAUCAGGACUGAGCCUGCAGGUCACAUGACCAUCCGCCAUGUAAACAGGUCUGAUGAAGGCCUCUACAAGUGU